AUGGAUGCUGCUGCGAGGGAAAUCAGCGAGGGAUGGAGAAGGGCGAAAAGUGACCAUAAUACUAAUUGGAACAAGAUGGAUGAUCAAACUUUAGCGCCUGAGAGUGGUAACCCCGUCACUUUCAAGCAGUCGUCAAGUAUGAGCACAAACACCCGUGAGGUUUUUGAUGACUUCGACGAGAAAACGCAAUCCCAAGAUACAACGUCCAUGUCAUCAUCGCCCACGACAACCACCUGGAAAGACAAGAUAGGCGCGAAAAUCUCAAAUUGGGGGACAAGUAUAGGUGGCAAACGUUGA